AGCUGCACAGCACAGACAGAGCUGAGCCCAGCAGCACAAACAGGGGAAGCAGGACAGCCUGCAGCACUCAGUACUGUGCUGCUGGAGAAGGACUCAGUGAUGGCCCAAUGCCCAGGAGCAGCAGCACUGGCCGUGCUGGAUGAGAUGCUGGAGAUCACGGCCCAGAGCCUUGUGCGCACAGAGGUGGCUGAGCACUACCAGGUCAUCCGGGAGCUGGGCAGGGGCAAGUAUGGCCAUGUGGUGCUGGUGACUCACAGGCAGAGAGGGACGCCCAUGGCUCUCAAGCUGCUUCCCAAAGCUCACACCAAGCUACAAACCUUCCUGUAUGAGUACUGCGUGGCGCUCUCCCUCGCCACCCAUCCUGCCAUCAUCGGCAUGUUUGGUAUUGCCAUUGAGUCCAGCCAGCACUAUGGCUUUCUCUAUGAGCCCGCACUGCACAGAGACCUUAUCUCCAUCAUCAAGCCACGGGACGGGAUCCCUGAGCCAGCUGCCAAGCAGUGUGCCAAGCAGUUGGUGAGCGCGCUGGAGUUUAUACACAGCCGGGGGCUGGUGUACCGAGACGUCAAGCCCGAGAAUGUGCUGCUCUUUGACCCUGAGUGCAAGUGCAUCAAGCUGACUGACUUCGGGCUCACCCGACCCAAGGGCACUCGGCUCAAGCUAGUGGCAGGGGUGAUCCCCUACACUGCUCCAGAGCUGAGCAACACCACCAAUGCCCAGGGCCUGCCCAUUGAUGCCAGCCUGGAUGCCUGGGCCUUCGGUGUGAUGCUCUUCUGCCUGCUGACUGGCUACUUCCCCUGGGAGCAAAGCCUGCCAGCUGACCCCUUUUUUGAGGACUUUAUGCUAUGGCAGGAGUCGGGGCUGGCUGAGGACCUGCCACGACAUUGGAGGCGCCUGACAGCUGAGGCCACCCACAUGCUGCGGAGCCUGUUGGCCCUGGAUCCUGCCCAGCGCAGCCCUGUCAGCGGAGCCCUGCAAUAUGUCAACAGCCCCUGGAGAGUGGAGAACUGGCAUGAUAUUCUGCAUUGUUUACCUGUUAACAAUAUGCUGUCCUUUGCUGUGGAUCUCAUUAGAUUGACCAGGUCAACGACCACCAUGUUUCAUGUACUAUAUGGUAUCCAGUGCUCCGUGGGUGACACAGCUGAAUUGCCAAUUCCCUACAGUCACACCAGCCCCUUCGUAUGAUGGGAGGGAGGAUUCAGAGAGGAAGACUUGGAACUGGAGUUGUUAGCUCAGAACAAUAAGGCUUAAUGAGAGCGAGAGCAUUUGCAAGAAGCAACUCCCUUCAGGAAUGGCAGCAUCAGGUCUCUUUUCUAGCUGUUCCCUUUCCUCAAGGGCCCUGGUGAAUAAAUGAGUUCAUUUCCUGUAACUGUCUGCAGAUGGGCAAAAAUGGGGGGAGUGUUUUAUCCACCAUGCUGAGGCAAGCUUCCCAGGCGAAGAAGAAAGAAGGAUCAGGCCCUCUUUAGAAAAAGGACAAAGAGGCAUUCACACAUCCCCAGAAGGAUGUCCCCUAAUGGGACCAAAGCCUGUAAACACAGCUGAGGAGAAGCCCUUGAAGAGCAGAAACUAUGAUAAUGGGUUAAGCUGCAGUUUCACACUUAAACUCUCCUGUAACCUAAUCUCUUCCCUUGAAACACCCCCAGUAGUUACUGUUGCACAGAAUUGGAGCUGGGGGCUGUAAUCUCAAACCACAUUGCACACAAUGAAUGAAAAGAUUCCUGCUCCAGUCAUCUUCAAUAAUGGAACAAUUCCUCACCUACCCUUCCCCACACAGUAUUCCUAUUGCUGGUGAAUGUUAGUUCUAGUAGCAGUGACACAGAGGUGUCACGCACUGUCAGCGCUAGGGUGUGAGGCACUGUCUACUUGCAGAAGUCAGUCAUCCCAUGACCGGUCAGUUAUAGACAGAGACAGUGGCUGCAUCCCAGGAUAGGUUCAACAACCACACAGCUCAGUGCACUGCCUGGUGCACCACAGAGAUGAUUUGUUGAGAUAGUUAUAAACCAAACACUGUCAAUCCAUUUAAAUGACUCUUUAACAGGGUGAGAAAUGUUCUCUUGGCAGCAGGUGAGUUUCUGGGAACCCCUCCAAAAGCGGAAGUACAGAAGCACUUCUGUGCAGAGAGAGACGAUGUAGAGGACAGAGGAUCAACACGCUGCUUUCCCACAAUUUAAUCACCUCCUCCUAUGGGGCCAUGUUAAAAGACUGGCAGAACACUGUUGUCAGAGCUUAGAUAGGUUAGUUUGCAAAAGGGCCUGGUGUUUACUGAGACAGGGAGAGGGAGUUAAUAGCUUGUUGUGAAAGGAGGAUGAGCCAAACUAUGUCAUAAAGCUGGAUAUAACAGAAAGAACCCAGGAUAGGAAAAUAGUGGUCCAAGCAAAAGAACGGGAAGUGGAAGAAUGAAGGUAGGUAGCAAAAACUCAUAAAAAAAAGGAGGGGGAAAUGGCAAGUCCAAGAAAAAUAGAAGGAAUGGUGGCAUGAGCUUAAAAAGCUGGACUUAUAGAGACAGCUCCUGGGUGCUCCUCACAGGCAGUGUUUCCUGUAAGUUAAGUGCUUGGGCAGACACCCAGGAGAGAUUCAAAUGCUGCCCAGCUGAUUAGCAGAGCACCCACAGCUAGCAGCUUGUAUUUCUACUGGUGGUGCACAUCCACACAUGCCCUGGUACACAUAGCAAAAUGUUUUCUGCACAUGGAUGGAAAAAAUAGCCAGAACACUGCUCAGAGGGAUCACCUAGCUGGGAUACAUAUUGUCCAAAUUACAGAGAGGAUUGCAUAGUGGAGUAUUUGACCACCUUUCAUAGAAUAUGCAGGCUACCCAAAAUCCCUGAAGAACAGAAUGACUGUCUUACUUCCCAAAUGGAUUGUGAAAGCUUUACAAGAGCUUAAUGCUAUGAAUGUAAAUUAUGCCAUAAUGUAUGAGCUGUUAUAAAAUGGUUUCAGGUUACUCCUGAGGCAUAUCACCUAAAGGGUAGAAACCACAACAAACUUGAUAAAUUAAAUCACUGGGGAUAUGAUGGCUACCGGUCAGUUGCAGAUUGGUUUGGAGUGUGGAAAUCUACCACUGGUGCUGUACUGCUACAAGUGCGAAGGGCAAUAAAUUGUAUUCUGCUACAGAGGACUGAGACUCUGGGAAAUGUGCAUGGCAUAGUGGCUGGCUUUGCCGACAUGGGAUUUCCCAAUUAUGGAGGGGGGCAAUAGAUGACACACACAUUCAGAUUUUAGCACCAGCGCACCUUGCCACCAAGUACAUCAACAGGAAGGGAUGCAAUGCAGGCACCUGUGGAUCACCAGAGGCAUUUCAGACAUGACCAUGGGAGGUCUGGAAAAGUUCAUGGCAUCUUCAGGAACACUGGCUGUACAGAAAGCUGCAGCUGGGGACUUUCUUUCCAGACCACGAGAUUACAGUAGGGAAUGUAGAAAUGCCUAUUGUGAUCCUGAGAGACCCAGCUUACCCUUUGCAACCCUGGCUUAUAAAACGGUACAUGGGGCACCUGGACAGCAGGAAGGAAUAUUUUAACAACAGGCUGAGUACGUGCUGGAUGGUGGUCGAAUGUGCCUUUGGCAGAUUGAAGGCAAGAUGGAGGUGUCUCUAUGGCAGGGUAGACCUCUCUGAGGACACUAUUGCCAUGGUUAUCACUGUGUGUUGCAUUUUGCAUAAUUUGUGACACUCUAAUGGGAAUUGUUUGCUCAGGGGUGGCGCACUGAAGCACAGCACUUGGCUGCAGAGUAGAGUUGUCAAAGAAGCUUAAAGGGCUGCUGUUGACAUCAGGGAGGCUUUGAGGGUGCACUUUGAAAAUGGGGGGCACUGAAAUAAACCUUUGUUACAAUCGCUUCCAAGCUGAACCCCCCAACCAAUGCAACACACAUCCGAGGACAAGCCUUUAAUGUCUGCACCUGGGAUUACAGUGACUGGUCUCUGAGAUUGUUGAACAGUAAAUAAAAAUGUUGUACCAUUAUAGAAGUGUGCCUUUAUUCAUCAGUGCACUGAAACACAAUAAAGCACCCUUCCGACAACUGAAAAGGGAGAUGCUGUUGAAGGGUUACCCCUCACAAAUGAGUGUAGGUCCAGAUCUCAUAAUCAAAGUUGGGAGAGCAUGUGGAGUACAUUGGAAAAUGAGGAUGCUGAAUGAGUGAAAAAGAAUGUGAGAGCAUAGAGGGGGGGUUGCUGGACACACAAAUUUGAAUCUGUUGUGGGAGUGGGGAAGUGACAAACCUGUGUUGGCUCACUAUGCUGCUUGAUUAAACACUUGAGAAUCUCUGUCUGUUCCUCUAUCACGCUGGUCAUGCAUUCUGUGGCCUGCCUGCCAAAGAUCUGGUUAUCCUUGUGGUUCUGCAGCUCCAUUUCCAAGUGUUCCCAAU